AUGGAUCAGACUAAUAUAGAUUUUACUUUGCCUCCGGCUCCUCGUGGUCUUUGUUUUGACCGUAAUGAUUUUGUCAAGACGAACUUUUCAGUGGAUAAUUUUCUAAUUGACCAUCAAAAUGUUGCCUCCUUGGAGACAAUGCGUGAUGACCUAGGAGUGUAUCUAAAAGUUCUAAGGCUGGCUAUGAUCGAGUUAAUUAACAAAGAUUACGCGAAUUUUGUUAAUCUAUGUGCAACAUUAAUUGGCUUUGAUAAGACUAUUGUAAAAAUUCAAGUGCCAUUAGAACAACUAAAUGAAGAAGUUCUUAGUGUAAAACAAUGUUUGGAGGAUGCAAUGAAAGAAUUAUCUAUUUGGCUUAAUCAAAGACAUGGUCUACUCAAAAAGAAGCAACUCUUAAAAUACUACAGCCAAACAAUAAAUGGCUUGAAUACAUUGGAAAAUAUCUUAAAAGACAUCUCAGAUAAGAAGAAACAUGAGCAAAUAAUUUUAGCUGAACGUACAGCUGUGCAAUAUAACCAAUUAAAAUUCACAUUUUCUAAAUGUGAAAAUUUAUUAAGUUCUGAGAACAAGGUGUUGUUUAAUAGUAUUAGUGAAAAGUUAGUACAGAUAUUAAAUGACUUGGUUUUUUAUUUUUGGAAUGAAAAUAAUGAAAAUAAUCUCCUCAAAACUCUCAUUAUUUUAACAACAUUAAGCCGUAUUGAAGAAACUGAAAUAUUAAUAAGAAAGCAAGCUAUAGCUCCCUUACUGCAAGACAUUAUAAAUGAGCCUGCAUUACAAAGAAGCAAGGAAGGAUUAUAUGGUAUUUAUGUAAAAAUUUUAGCAUUGUUGGAUACGAAAUUGAAAUUGCUCUUUGAAGUGAUGCAACAUUCCAAGUUUUCAUUUCUUGAGAAAAAAUAUAGAUUUCUAGUAAAUUGUUUCUGGUGUGAAGUAGAAAGUCGAUUAGAAGUAAAUCUGGCAUCUAUUUUUGCUCCUGGCAACCCACAAUUGUUUUAUAGAAGAUAUAGUGAAAGUAUGCAGUUUAUUAAAAAAUUAGAAGAAUAUUGCAUAGUUGAAGGAUCUGUUAAAAUGUUACAUGAAACUGCAGAAUACAAGAGUUUUCAAAGGAGGUGGAAUUUGCCUGUUUAUUUUCAGAUACGGUUUCAGGAAAUUGCAGGAAGCUUUGAAACAUCGUUGAAAAAAAGUCCAACCAUCGAAAACAAAGAAGGAUUUAUUUUGAAUGAGACAUUAAAGUGUUGGGCUUGUCUACAUGAGUGCUGGUCAGAUGGUAUCUACAUAGAAGCAUUAGCCCAUAAGUUUUGGAAGCUCUCAUUACAAUUGUUAUCUAGAUAUGCAACAUGGACAACCAAUUUUUGUACAGAGAGAAACUCCUUAUCUGAAUCAAUAAGCAUAAAUAAGAGCCUAAUUGAAAACAGUAUUAAUAUUUAUAUAGACACUGAAACAUUAUUGCACAGGUUACCAGAAUUUUUAGCACUCGUUGAAAGCAAAAUACCAAUUGUGGAGAGCAAGUCUUUGCUUAGGCAAAGCUUAAAUUCUUCAAUUGAGGGCUUACACAAGACUGAAAUGAAAAUCAAGGAAUGCAUUGUAAAUGAACUGUUUGACUUCUGUAACAUGCAAUUAAAGCAAGUUAGUGACAUACCAAGGUUGUAUAGAAAAACUAACCGCAGUAUACCAACUAAACCCUGCACAUAUAUAGAAGUUGUUACAAGUGCUAUUAAAGAUUUUAAUGAUGGUGCAGCAAACAGACUAAAUAAUGACUUUUUAAUAGGACUUUAUGAAUCAUUAUUCAAUGUUAUGACUGCUUCAUACUACAAAUAUGUAGAAGAUGUAUUGACCUCUGUACAGAAAACUGAAGAGUCUCUUAGAAGAUUAAAGCAAAUACGUGAAAAUGCAUCACAACAAAGCAAUGACAGUGGUGGUAUUAGUGAUGGUGAUAAGAUCAGGCUCCAACUCAAUGUUGACGUAAUGUCAUACACCAAUUUGGCAGACUCUCUUCAUGUCAAUAUUCAAAGAGUGCACAAAUAUAAUGAACUGUUGUCCAUGGUAACAGAAGCUAUAAAAAAUAUAGAAAUUAAAUGA